AUGCUGCCAGACCCUGUCUUUGCCAACAUAGCCAAAGUAACGCCCGAGAAGGAGAUCCAGCGCCUGAUUGAAACCGCCCUAGACCAAGACAAAUCCUUGGAGGAAAUAUUACAAUUCCUCCAAAACAAGUCCAAGGCGCCUCCAUCCAUCAAACGCGCAUUCAAAGAUUACCAGAUGGAGGCAGGACUUCUUUUCUACCAGGGCCGAAUUGUGGUACCAGACGUAGGGACUCUGAGAACGGACCUUCUCCGGAUUUUCCAUGACAGCCCCUUGGCAGGCCACCCAGGAAGACAACGGACACUAGAACUACUAUCCCGUAAUUACUACUGGCCAGGCAUCCGUGCAGACACCUACUGGCAUGUGGACUCCUGUGAAACCUGCCAACGAAUAAGGAAACCAAAGUACUCCUCCAUUCCCCCGCAGCUGCUUGAACUCCCAACUAGGCCAUGGCAACACGUCUCCUAUGACAUGAUUGUAGACUUGCCAAGGGACGGGAACCACAACUCAAUACUGGUCAUAGUAGACAGCUUCACCAAAUAUGGGAUCUUUAUCAAAUGCUCCAAGAAGCUGAAAGCACCCGAACUAGCGGAGUUGUUCCUAGAACACGUAUGGAAACGCCACGGCAUGCCAGAGAAGACUAUAUCCGACAGAGGGAGGGUCUUCAACAAUAAAUUCCUACGGGCCCUGUACAAACGCCUUGGCAUUGACCCACACUUCUCAUCAGCGUACCACCCCCAGAGCAACGGACAAACGGAACGAGUCAACCCUUCUAUUGAACACUUCCUCAGGGCCUAUUCAGGGGUCAAUCAACGGGACUGGGCUAAAUGGCUCCCUAUGGCGGAGUUUGCGUACAACAAUGCUGUACACAGUAGCACGGACGUCCCGGAGGCAGAUGAUCUUGCCCAAACUAUGGAAGCACAAUGGAAGGAGGUGGAAUCCGCCCUCCGGCAAUCUAAGCAACGAAUGAUAGCCGGAGAGGAUGGAAGCCCAAUAGAAUUUGAAGUUGGGGAAGAAGCCUGGCUAGACGCCAAAAACGUGAAGCUAAAGACCCUGAGUCCAAAGCUAACUGAACAACGCCUAGGCCCCUUCAAAGUAACCAAGAAGAUCUCCAACAGGGCAUACCGCUUAGAACUCCCGCCAACAAUGAGAAUCCACGAUGUCUUCUACGUGGGCCUGCUGUCAAAAGUCAGAAGGGACAGAAAGCGCAACUUCGAAAACCGGCCUCCGCCUGUCACCAUAGACGGAGAGGAGGAAUACGAGGUUGAAGGGAUCACUGACAUGGAAGAAAGGAAUGGAAAAUGGUUCUUCAGGGUAAAAUGGAAAGGCUACGGAUCAGAGGAGAAUACCUGGGAGCCAAGGGAAAACCUUAAAAACGCCGAAAAAAUACUAGAAAAAUUUGAAAAGGAAAUGAAAAAGAAGGCCCUCGGCGCUGCCAAGGCCCUUAGAGGGGGGGCAGUGUUGUAG